AUCUCACCUACCUGUUUUCUCUCACUAAUGUUUGAGUCUUGACACUGUUGGUGGGGUGGGGGGAGACUGUGGCAUUGUCUGUGCUCUCUUUUGUGAUGUACUUUCUUGUCAACAUUUGCAGGAUUUGGUGUUUACCAAUGGGAUUCCCUCUUUAUGGUCUUUAUAUACCUGACUGAUUCAGACCUAUCAUCAGUUGCUUUCCCUUUCUCCCUCUUUGAAGAAUAGUUUCUAUCCUCUGUCAUUGGAAGAGGUGAUACUUUAGAAAAUUCAUUGCCACUUAGAGAUGCAUUUUAUGUUGGAAGUAUGUGAUUUGCUUUUUGAAUGUACAUUGGGUUACAGUUAGGAGAUUCCCUUGAGAAUCAGGAAAGACCAUGAUCUUUGAGACCCUGUUGAGACUGUAAAGGUCUCCAGGGACUUUUGAAGUUGGAUGGAAUGUAUUUUGCCUCAUUAUAUUGUUGCAAAGCUUAUGGAGGUCAGGGAGUGGAAUGGAGUGGUGUGAAUGAGAAUGGCCACCAUAGGCUCAUAUGUAUUAAUGCUUUGUCCCUAGUUAUUAGAAUAACAGACUUGGUAUCAACAGUCAAAGAAAGCACACAGCUAAUACAUCAGAGAUGUGUAGAAAGGUCCAGGUGAAUUCUACAGCCAAUGAGAUUAUAGCUGCAACGAAAGUGAAAAACUCCUCAAAUAUAUUUACAAAUUACAAUGAAUAAACAAUUACAGUUUGUGGUACAGAGUAUUAUAGAGCAACUUUGCACUGCAUUGAAAUAUACUGGGGCCCCAGGUUCCAGCUGCCUCACUCUCCUCUCGUUGCCUCAGCCUCUGCUCUUGCUUGCCAUGCUCUCCGUCCAUGUCUUGCUUGCCACCAUCACGAACCAGCAUCAGCUGAAGGUGUUGCCGUUGAAGCAACUCAGCCUGGCUGACAAGGAGAACUUGCCCCUGAUCCUCAGCGAGACCUGCGUCCUGGCCAGCAAGGUUGUGAGGAGAACCUUACAAGACCCAGCCGCUGAAAAAGUAUCUACUAACCCCAGCGUUGAGGAUGAGCGGUUGAAAGAAAACCCCCACCGCUUCAUCAUCUUUCCCAUCAAAUACCAUGAUAUCUGGCAGAUGUACAAGAAAGCUGAGGUCUCCUUUUGUACGGCUGAGGAGGUGGACUUUUCCAAGGAUAUUCAGUACUGGGAAGCUCUGAAACCCAAUGAGAGACAUUUUAUAUCUCACGUUCUGGCUUUCUUCGCAGUGAGUGAUGGCAUAGUCAAUGAGAACUUCGUGAAUCAAUUUAGCCAAGAAGUUCAAGUUACAGAGGCCCACUGUUUCUAUGGCUUCCAGCUUGCCAUAGAAAACAUACAUUCUGAAAUGUACAAUCUCCUUAUUGACACUUACAUUAAAGAUUCCAAGGAGAGGGAAUAUCUCUUCAAUGCUGUUGAAACAAUGCCUUGUGUGAAGAAGGCCGACUGGGCCUUGCGUUGGACUGGGGACAAAGAGGCUACAUAUGGAGAACGUGUUGUGGCCUUUGCCGCUGUGGAAGGCAUCUUCUUUUCUGGUUGUUUCGCAUCAAUAUUUUGGCUGAAGAAGCGGGAACUGAUGCCCGGCCUUACAUUUUGCAAUGAGCUUAUCAGCAGAGAUGAGGGAUUACAUUGUGACUUUGCCUGCCUGAUGUUGAAGCACCUGGUACACAAGCCAUCAAAGCAGAGAGUAAGAGAAAUAAUUACCAACGCCAUGAGGAUAGAGCAGGAGUUCCUCACGGAGGCCUUGUCUGUGAAGCUCAUCGGAAUGAACCACAAUCUGAUAAAGCAGUACAUUGAAUUUGUGGUGGACAGGCUGAUGCUGGAGCUGGGGUUUAAGCUUUUCAAAGUAGAAUAUCCAUUUGACUUCAUGGAAAAUAUUUCACUAGAAGGAAAGACAAACUUCUUUGAGAAGCGAGUGGGCGAGUACCAGAGGAUGAAGGUGAUGUCAAAUUCAACAGAGAAUUCUUUUACCUUGAAUACUGAUUUCUAA